AGCCAAUCAAAACAUCCGUUUAGGGCAUGGGGGCGGGGCUAAUUUAUAGCCGAGUUAAGAUUGGAAGUCACGAGGUCUUAUGUGCUCAUUGUGGUUUAGCAUACGAGCAGAAGCGUGCGAGAGGUCCCCUGUAUUGAGGGCGUCGUGAGUUUUCUCUCCAGGGUUUAUCACUCUGCUCCGCAAGGUGUAACCCAGUCAGGCAGGCACCGCCGUGCCGACCCCUAACUAGCUAAACUAAACUAAACCAACUCAAACUAGUAGUUCACCUCUUCUCAGGGCGACCAGCGGUGUGUUUAUGUCUUUGUUUUGCGAAAACGGUGAGUACCUGGACGACAGGAGCUACGGAUGGGAAAGUGCUAUAGUGCAGCUGCCGGAACCUGUUUGGGGGGAACUUAGUCAACGAGCUCGAAGCCUGGAGCCUCAGUGGCCGUACCCUUUUCAUGUCAGAGACAAAGUACUCUUGCAGUCGUUUAUGUCAUCCCCUCUUCUUCAAACAGAAGAUACUAAUAAUUGCCAAUUCAAGAUCUUCUCGUCUUGCUGAUAAACCAUACGGGAAGCCAAAAUGUCCAUCAAUGUCAAUCGCAGCGUGUCAGACCAGUUCUACCGCUAUAAAAUGCCCCGUCUCAUUGCUAAGGUGGAAGGCAAGGGGAAUGGAAUUAAGACCGUCAUAGUCAACAUGGUUGAUGUUGCCAAGGCUCUGAAUAGGCCUCCGACAUAUCCCACCAAAUUCUUUGGUUGUGAGUUGGGAGCCCAAACCCAGUUUGAUUCCAAGAAUGACCGCUACAUCGUCAAUGGAUCUCAUGAGGCAAACAAACUGCAAGACAUGCUUGAUGGAUUCAUUCGCAAGUUUGUGCUGUGUCCUGAGUGUGACAAUCCUGAAACUGAUUUGCACAUUAAUCCCAAGAAGCAGACCAUUGGAAACUCCUGCAAGGCUUGUGGUUACCGAGGCAUGUUGGACACCAGACACAAACUCUGCACCUUCAUUCUCAAGAAUCCACCAGAGAAUGACAGUGGAUCUGCGAAAAAAGAAAAGGAAAAAAAGAACCGAAAGAAGGACAAAGAAAAUGGCUCAAGUGGUGGAGAGGCUGGAAACCAUAAUGACAUAGAUGCCCCUGAUGCUGUGGAUGGGGAUGAUGAUGACGAUGAAGACUGGGCUGAGGAGACCACAGAAGAGGCCCAGCGACGCAGGAUGGAGGAGAUCAGCGAGCACGCCAAGGGUCUCACGCUCACUGAUGACUUGGAGAAAUCCCUGGAGGAGAGGGUCAACAUAUUUUACAACUUUGUGAAGGAAAAGAGAGACAGUGGAGCGAUUGACUCAGCAGAUAAAGAGAUCUUGGCUGAGGCUGAAAGGCUUGAUGUGAAGGCCAUGGGUCCUCUGAUCCUGAGCGAGCUGCUCUUUGAUGAGAACAUCCGUGAACAGAUCAAGAAGUACAAGCGUCACUUCCUCAGGUUCUGCCACAACAAUAAGAAAGCUCAGAAAUAUCUUCUGGGUGGCUUUGAGUGCCUGGUGAAGCUGCAUCAGACUCAGCUCUUACCCAGAGUCCCCAUUAUACUCAAAGACCUGUAUGACGCGGAUCUGCUGGAGGAAGAUGUCAUACUCGCAUGGGCUGAAAAGGUGUCUAAGAAGUAUGUCUCCAAAGAGUUGGCUAAAGAGAUUCAUGCCAAGGCAGAGCCUUUUGUUAAAUGGCUCAAGGAGGCAGAGGAGGAGAGCGAGGGCAGCGAGGAAGAUGGCGACGAUGACAAUGUUGAGGUGGUGUAUUCCUCCUCUGCCCGUGAGUUGAAAAUGGAGACCACAAAACCUGAGAAGUCAGACCAUGAGGAGGAGGACAUUGAUAUUGAUGCCAUUUAAAGAUGAAACCAAAAAGCUUCAGUUGCCUCUUCACAUAUUGCUCAGCUUCUUUUUGUCAGACGCAUGCCUUUCACCUCCUUUGGCCUUUUCUUCAGCUCUAGGCCUGGGUUAGCGCUCUGCUCAAAGCCUCUUAUUUUAGUCUUUUGUCACCAGCUUUAUUGAUGAAUUGUUGCUUUUGUUUGUAUGCAUGAGUUUCUUAGAUUAUAGAGCAUAAAUGCACACGAGUUCCCCUUGUAUUUUUGCAACUAUUAAAGAUUUGCCUGUGAGUUCCA